AUGAACUUUUAAAAUCUUAUUAUAAAUAUAAUUCUAUAUAUUUUCUACGCAAUAACUUUAACAUUAUUAACAUUAAUAUUAUAAAUUAACUCAAAAAGAUUAAAAAAAAUAUAUAAAAUUGACAUUACGAUAUAAUUUAUGAUAAUUUAUGUAUUAAAUUUUAUAAUUUGUUAUUAUUUAUUUGAAGAAAUAUAAAUAUUCAUUAGAAUUAGCAUCUCAAUAGUAUUAAUAUUUGUAUCAAUAUAUAUAGGAUCCAAAAUAAAUAUAAUAGGAUUAACAGGAGGAAUAGCUUGUGGAAAAAGUUGGGCAUGUGAAUAUUUUUAGCAUAAUUUAGGAAUAGAAAUAAUCGAUUGUGAUAAAUUAAGCCGUCGUAUAUAUAUAAAAUAAUAACCUGCAUAUUAAAAAUUACUUAAAUAUUUUGGAGAUUAAAUUUUAGAUGAAAAUAAAGAAAUAGAUCGCAAAAAAUUAGGAAAAUUGUUUUUUAAGAUAAAAAGACCUCAAAUAUUUAACAAAAUUGGCAGGAUAUUAUAUAAUGUUAGAAAUUCUAAAAGAAAUAUAUAUAUUAUGUAUUAAAUAAAAAGAACAAAUAAUAUUAUUAGACGCUCCUUUAUUAUAUGA